AAAAUCAUAUGUGUUUUUUGCAUUAUUCAAGCUUCACGUUAUGGAAUCUAAAUGAAUAAAAUUGUUGGCAUUUGAGAGGAUAAAAGUAAAUAAGUGAAAACAUGUUACGCGCAGUUCUUUCUAGUGCGAUUCGCACAGCUACGCGAUUUACCAAUACGUGCCCAGUAGUCGUACCAACCAUGCGAGCGCUUUCUUAUAAAAUGUCUAAUCCUUUACCAUCCUCAAAUUCAACGCUGCUAUCAAAAAUCUCAACGGUCUCAGGUCAACAAAUAAAUACUAGCGUCGUCACAGCGCUUACUUUAUUUCAACAUCAACCAUCGCGCUCUUUGACGAAGUUCUCACUUAAUAAAGGAAAACGUAAAUCUGUAAGGGCUGUCCUUAAGCGUUUCAAACGACUAGAUUGGGGCAUAUGGAUACGUACUCACACAGGUCGCAAUAAAAAGAUGUUCAAAAAGUCGAAGGAGCUACGGAGAAGACUGCGACAACAUAUUUUCACAAAUUCGACGCAAAGUUAUUUGUUGGACAAAAUGGUCACUAGUUUUUGGCGUCGCCCGAAACAUUACAUAGAUGAUCCAUACGCACCGUACCAUAAGCGGGACGAAUUCUUUGCAACAAAAAGCAAAACUUUUAAAGUAUGAAGAGAGAAAAAGAUACCGUGUACCGUGUAUUGCCCAAGCCAUUUAUGAGGUAUUGAUGUAACAGAUUAGUUUAUUUAAAGUGUUUUCAUUAAAUUUGGCUUGAAGCUGUUAUUGUAGACAUUUUUGACCGAGUGUAAAAUAAUCUAAUUAUUUAAAUCAGA